AGUCUAAGUGUCUAACCCUGCAAAUAAGAUAGUUAUUAAAAAUGGGGCUUAAUAGCAUUUUGUACCCCUCUAUUAUGAUAAAGUAACAAAUGUACCCCUUUACUAAUUUUUUGCAUAAAUAUACCCUUCUAUUAUUAAAACGUAACGAUUUUACCCUUCCAUCUAAUUAUCUGUCAAAAUGAGCACAAUUGCACUCAUUUACUCCUAAGUACUAAACAUGUUUUAAUUAUUUUAUUUCUCAAAUCAAUUAAUUAGAAGAAUCAAACCCUAAACUAAUUAAAAAAACACUUGAGCAGAAACCGUCCGCCUCCCCUGGGCCUCUCGGCGGCGGCAUCUCCUCGCCGGCAAAAGCUUAACAACCUUAACAAGUGGGAAAUUCCGGACUUCCUUUUCACCUCCUCUAUCUCUCGCCCGCCGCCACGAAUCUCUCCGUCUUUCCGAUCGGUCAAUUAUUUCCAUCCGCUUCCCAUAUCAAUCAAUUCGUAAAAUGUUGUACCGAAAAAAGAAGAAAAGAAAAUCCGUAUAAUGUAAAACGCAGUCGUACACACUCAUACAUACAUCCGGGGGAAACAUCAGAAUUUUCGUCUCCACCGGCUCCACUUCAGAGUGCACCAGAUUGACGUCCCUUUCUCUCGCACCGUCGAUCUCCCCGGCCGGUAAGCGCUUCUACGUCUCUCGUCUCGCUCUUCCAUGCAUGCUCGUCAUUUACGUUUCUCUUGGUUCCCUGAUAGCCUCCAUCAAUCGUUCGUUCUCAUUAGAAACUUCACUAUUUAGGGUUUUGAUUUUUACGCACUUUGAUUUAUCGGUAUAAACUGGUCUCUCAUUUGUGUUCGAAACUUGGAAUAUCAAAUCCAUCUUCUGAUUGAUUGAAUUUUUAUUUCCUUUUUCUUUCCCCAUAGUUCAGGAAACCCUGUAGCUAGUGUUAGAUCUCUCCGAUCCCAUGAAUUACUCUGGAUUGCCGGCGGACAUACAGGAAAAGCUAGUAACCCAGCACUUGAACGCAACCUCUCACUGGCUCUCCUUCUCCGGAGUCUGCAAAUCAUGGAGAUCCGCCGCUAUCCCACACUGCCACCGCCUGCUCCAAUCCAUGCAGCUUCCUGGCCUCCUCUUCUCGCAAGCCGCCGCCAUCCUGCCGAAAUCCCCCGCACCCUCACGCUACUGCGGGCCACCACACGAGUUCCUUCCUCUCAUCACCACCACCAUGCAGCCAGCUCCAUCGCCAACUCCAACAACAAGCACCAAGGGGAGAAGGAGAAAGCGGCUCCCGCGGGUGAUGCUCCCUCACUUCCCAUCCCUAUCCCAAGUAUCCCACCUCCAACGAGAAUCGGAGCGCCACAAAAAGAUGUACAUCGACUUCGACGACUACCCUUACCUCGGCUCCACCAUCCAAUCUGAACUCUACGUCGCCUCCAAAGACGGAUGGAUCCUCAUCGUCCAUCCACGCCGCCACGGUGUCACCUUCUACCUCCUCAAUCCGAUCACCAAGUCCUCCAUCCCUCUCCCACCUCUCCCUUUCCCCUCCCACCGCUCCUACAUCCUCAAAGCACUCAUCACCUCUUCCCCUGACGACGAUAGCUGCCACGUCAUCGUUCUCUUCAGCUCCACGCCCCAGCUGGCCUGGUGCAACGUGCACCAGGCCGCGGAUGCAACCAAGGAUGAUGACACCAAGAUGGAAGGAAGGAGAUCCUCAUCAGCAGGGAGCUGGAGAUUCACGAGCCACGAUUCUCGAAUUUUCGACGACAUUCGGUACUCAUGGUGGGUUGACAUGGACUACUUGGGAGGGAAGCUGUACGUGUUGCUGGACGGAGAGUAUGUGUCCGUGGUCGACGGACUGAUUACCUGUAAACUUUCCGUGAGAGUGUUCCCGCUCUCUCAGGCCAUGUCCUUCAGGACGAGCUGGAUCGACAGAGAUGCUUUUAGCAACUACCAGACCUCGUACCACUUGGCCAACCUCCGCGGUAAACCCCUCGUUAUCCUGAGCCAUAGUUAUACCUGGUACAAGCCCACUGACCCAACCUCCGAGCUCAAAUUCGAGGUGUACAAGCUUGUACUGAGAGGAGGAGACGAUUAUAAGGAGGGUAAUAGCAAUACUACUAGUUAUUCUUGGGAAGAAGUGACUGACUUGGAUGGCCACGCUGUGUUUUUGGGGUCUCACCAGCCCUUCUGCCUUGCUGCGGAUCCACUCAACAAUGGGGUUAGAGGAAACCGAAUCUACUUUGUUUUCGAUUCCUUGGGUUGCAGGUACCAUUGCUCCGAUGAUUAUGGCAAUGAUUGUGGCAUGUUCGAUCUUGGGAACAAAAGGGUUGAGAGGUUUUGUCAUCCUGAUCCUAAUGACAAAAUGAUUGUGGAGAGGAAGGCACGUAGCUUUUGGUUCCUCCCGAUGCCAUGGGAUAUCCAGAAGCACAGAAAGGAUCAAGAAAGGAUGUUGGAGCAGGUAAAACCUAGGCCGGCGGUGGACGUCGCAAAGGUAACGAAGAGGAAGACCAAUAAUAACAAAAAGCAUCAUCAGCAACAUGAUGGUAAUAAGAUCACUCGUCUAGCGAACAGAUUCCAGGCUUUAUUAACCGCAGACGAAGAUCAUGAAGAUGAAGACAAAGAAUAAUCAUCAUAUUGCCUAAUCUGCAGCAGAGCCUGUGGAAGACACUAAAUCAUUGGAUUGGAUUGGAUCAAUUGGAGGAAAGAACCCAGGCCACAAUAGAUGCUCGUAAGCCAAAGUAUUGUUCCUGCCAAGAAGAGCUGGGUUGCUACAGUGGCAAAUCCGUAGUGGAAGGUUUCGAUCAGGACCAACAUUCAAUUACAAAUACUUUUCUGAAGAUAUUAGAGAGCUUUUUUUUUUGUUAGUAUCUAGCAAAAAACUAAUUUAAAUAAUAGUUGCAGGUAGCCACAUAAUCAUUCUCCAAUAUAAAGGAGGGGUUCUU